UUAAACCUUCAAGAUGACUCACGAGAGCGUUUGGUACAGCCGCCCCCGCAAUCGUGUCUGCUCUCACCGCGCCGGUCUGAUCCGCAAGUACGGCAUGAACAUCUGCCGUCAGUGCUUCCGUGAGAAGUCCACCGACAUCGGUUUCACCAAGGUUCGUUUCACUCUCGACAAUUCAAUCCAAUCCAGUCCAGCCCAAUCCGUCUCCGUCCACACUUUCAUCUACAUCCGACUCCAAAAUCAAAAUCAAGAUUAA